AUGGAGAUGGAGUCAAGCACACCAGAAGUAGCCAAAAAACUAUGGCAUAUAGUACGUGUAGUAUUCUUCAUGCUAAGAAAAGGCAUAUCAAAGAGCAGAAUAAUGGUGGAUCUCCAUUUGAUGCUGAAAAGGGGUAAUAAGUUAGCAGGGAAGGCCAUAGUCAACCUCAUGUAUCAUCACCAUAAUUCCUCUUUCAGUUGUCGUUCUAAUGACUCUCUUUCCUUCAUUUCCCCACGAGAAUACGAAUUCAGCUGCAGCAAUAGCCCAGCUUUUCACCCUUUCAAUGCCCACAAGCGUAAGCACCACCACCACUUCCAUUUCGCCAAGUCAUACAAAUAUGACGAUGUCACCACCAUGGCUGCGGCGCAGAAGAUGUUUGAUAUGUUAAACAAUCAUGAACAGGUGGUGGAGGCUUCACCAAUGGUGUUGCCCGGGUUUGGAAAGAGCCCAAUUGUGAGGCAACUCAGAAUAACUGACUCACCGUUCCCAUUGAAGGACGAAGGAGACAGCCAAGUGGACAAGGCUGCCGAAGAGUUUAUCAAGAAGUUCUAUAAGGACUUGAAGCUGCAAAAAACUAGUUCUGCUUUUGAGUCACCGCACAAUGGCAUGUGGGGUAGAUGA